CAAAGCUCUGUUAAAUUUAACUGCCUGUUAAAUUAACAGUCCGUUUAAAUAGCUAACCGACUGUUACUUAACAGCCUGUUAAAAACUGGUUGCUCAAAACUUUUUAACAGGAGUGUUAAUUAACACCCCUGUUAAAUUUUAACCAGCUGUUAACAGGUUCAUUCAAUCCCAUAAUUCCCCAUUCUGUAGUCUGCAAAAUGGCCUCUGAAUCAUCUGAAUCCAAUGUCUUUUCACAAAAAAAUAAUGUAAAACGGAUAAGAGCAACAAAUUUCAAUGUGAAUGAAACUUUACUUCUUGAGGAAUUAGUUAAAGAAAAUUUUGAAGUGCUCAACUCAAAAUUUACAAAUCAAGUAACAAAUGCCCGAAAGUCGGAAAUAUGGAAAGAGAUUAGUAACAAGAUAUCUGCUCUUGGAUACGCGCAGAGAUCAGAGCAGGCCUGUGUGGAUAAAUGGGCAAACUUGAAACGGAAGGCUAAAGAGGAUCUAACGAAAGACAAACUAGAACGACGCAAGACCGGUGGUGGGCCGUGUGUCGGGGUGAGUCAGCAGUCGCAGCGUAUCGGCGACUUGCUGUCAAGUUCAUCAGCUUUUUCGGGAAUAGAAGGUGGACUAGAUACUGAUGAACAAGAUGGACUUCACUAUCUGAGUAACUCAAAGGACUGUGACCUACAACAAGAAACCAGCAGCAUUUCUGAAGCACUUUCAAAGUCACCCCUGCCUGCAGCGUCUACAAGCAGCACUGUAAAUCAGAAAAGGAUUGAUGACACUGCAGAGAGUGAACAGAGUAGUGUUUCUAUAUCAACUAGUGGAAGCAAGACCAACAAUGGCUUGAAACGUUCGUCCAAUAACAAAUUAGCUAUGCACAAGCAAGUAAAGAAGAGUAAGAGCGAAAUUCUAACUGACUACCAAAUUGCCUAUUUCAAAGGAAUGGUUGAAAGACAAGAGCUGGAGAAGGAGCUUUUGGAAGUGAAACUCCGGGUCAUGAAGGCAGCAGAAGGCAAACUUAACGAGAUGAAUGCUGCCGAUUUACUUCAUUUACUUUGUGAACAGUAACAUGAUAUUUAUUUUUUAUACUCCCCAAAUGGUGAGCAUAAUAGUUGCAGCUUUGUUCGUCCGUCCGGUUGUCCGUCAUCAACAUGAAACUUUGUAGGUACAGUUGAGUUCACACUAAACUUCCCACCCUUGUACACUACUUUGUGUAACCUUUAGUGUGAACUCAACUGUAGAUGGAUUUCAUUGCUUAGAAGUGCAGUGCAAAAGAACCAUUACUCAGCCUUGCCUAAUUUUGGAGUUAUUGCCCUUUAUUCAUAUUGAUAUUUUGAACUUUGUCCAGGACUUAACUCUGACAAUAUAAGAGAUAUGAACAAGAAAUUUGUAGGUAGAUAGAUAUCAUUUUGUAGUUGAACAAUGUAAAGAACAGUAACUCUGUCUUGCCUAAGUUUUGAAUAAUUGCACUUUGAACCUUGUCCAGGACAUAACUCUCAAACUACAUAAGGUAAACUUUUCUGUGUCCAAAACCUAUUCUGGGAGAAUCACCCGGUUCAACCGGUUCUUGUUUAACUAUGUUAUGUUAGUUAUAAAAAUUGUUGACAGGUUAUAUGUCCCUAUAUAAAUGACUGUUCGUAAAUUUAACCCGAGUCGCUAGGCGAGUGUUAUAUUGCAAACAGCCGUUUAUAUAGGGCCAUAUAACAUAUCAGGAAUCUUUAAUACAGCAAGCAUCAUUUUGUUGAUAUCUUCAUAAAUCGACAGCAGCCGUAUAUAUAAAUCUAUAUACA